AUGAUGGAUAAUCAGCUCAACGUGAGCCCCCAGUGUGACGCUCUGGCCAAAAGCACUAAUGCGAUCCGAUGCCUGCAGUGCAUUAACGGGGGGAUCUGGAGGCCGAGCGAGAGGAAGAUGCUGCUGCUGACACGGGUCGUGUUGCUCUCAGCGCUCUGCGCCGCGGCACUCGGCUGCCCCACCAUCGUCUCCCGCCAACAGUGGGGGGCCCGGCCCCCAAGAGGCAGGGACCUGCUGAGGACCCAGCUGCCCUACGUCAUCAUCCACCACACGGUAGGGAAUCGCUGCUUCACCCUGGCCUCCUGCAGCCGGGAGGUCAAGGGCAUCCAGAACUACCACAUGGACACCCAGCGCUGGCCCGACAUCGGCUACAACUUCCUGAUCGGCGAGGACGGCAGAGUCUACGAGGGCAGAGGCUGGAGCACCGUGGGGGCUCAUGCCAAGAACUGGAACCAUAAGUCGCUGGGAUUCAGUUUCCUGGGCAACUUCUCCAACAGAAUCCCCAACGCUGCCGCCCUGAACGCUGCCAGGAGCCUGAUCCAAUGCGCCGUCAACAGGGGCUUCCUGAGCCGCACCUACACCCUGAAGGGGCAUCGCAACGUGAACCCGACCAGCUGCCCCGGGAACGCCCUCUACGGGGUCAUCAGCCGGUGGCCCAGGUUCAAAGGAAUCGCUCUCGCUCCACUCCCCGAAGGCCUCCUCGCCGUCCAGAAACAGCAGCUGCAGCGUCACCUCGGAGCCCUGGGGAGAGACACGGGGCUCGCUCAACCCUGGCACUGCCGGACAGGCAAGAGCAGAACCCCCAACCUGGGAAGCGCUCACCAGCUCCUUGGCCUUCAGCAGCUCGGCGUCCAAGGCCGUGGCCAGUUCCAGCAGGAUGGCGCAGGGCACGGCCGAGUCGGUGGCCCCCAGGAAGGUGCGGCCCUGCCGGUCGCGGGGGAAGUACUUGGAGUCAUAGUGGCAGGCCAGGACCAAGCGCCGCCCGGCAGCGGGGUCCAGCGUGGCCACUACGUUGGCAAAGCUCACGACACCCCGCGGGGUCCGGUCCUCGAAGGCAUCCAGCUCGACCCGCCAGCCCGCAGCCAGCGUGGCCAGGCUAUCCACGAUGAACUGGAACAAGACGGAGAAGCCGUCACGGGGGAGCAUCAGAGGGCAGCUGGGCCGAGCGAGAGGAAGAUGCUGUUGCUGACACGGGUCGUGUUGCUCUCAGCGCUCUGCGCCGCGGCACUCGGCUGCCCCACCAUCGUCUCCCGCUCCCAGUGGGGGGCCCGGCCCCCAAGAAGCAGGGUCCCGCUGAGGACCCCGGUGUCCUUUGUCGUCAUCCACCACACGGAAGGGAAUCCCUGCACCUCGCAGGCCUCCUGCAGCCGGGAGGUCAAGGGCAUCCAGAGCUACCACAUGGACUCAAACCGCUGGCCCGACAUCGGCUACAACUUCCUGAUCGGCGAGGACGGCAGAGUCUACGAGGGCAGAGGCUGGAGCACCGUGGGGGCUCAUGCCAAGAACUGGAACCAUAAGUCGCUGGGAUUCAGUUUCCUGGGCAACUUCUCCAACAGACCCCCCAACGCUGCCGCCCUGAACGCCGCCCAGAGCCUGAUCCGAUGCGCCGUCUCCAAGGGCUUCCUGAGACGCAACUACACCCUGACGGGGCAUCGCAACGUGAACCCGACCAGCUGCCCCGGGAACGCCCUCUACGGGGUCAUCAGCCGGUGGCCCAGGUUCAAAGCCAAACCCUGAGUCCCUGCGACCCCAGGGCAGCCCCUGCCCACAUCGCUGACCACGCCUGCGGCUUCUGCCUGCUCGAGCAGCACCUCCGCCCCCCAGCAGGGGGCAGCCUCGCGCUUCUCGCCCACCUGCUGCCUCCUGGGGCCCAGAGAGCAGGGAUCUGAGAGUUGGGGUUACGCU